GCGGCAGAUGGAGAGUCGCUGCAAUGUCCAUGGCGAUUACUAGCGUUUCGUGCAGCCCGUGUUCGUUCGCCUGAGUCUACCCGCGAGUGUGAGCAGGGAGAGAAGCUUCGGCAGCCAUGCCUGGGAUAGUUGUGUUCAAGCGACGAUGGUCGGUGGGCUCCGACGAUCUUGUAGUGCCGGCGGUAUUCCUCUGCGUGCUUCAUCUCGUAUGGCUGGUGGUGCUGCUGUGUGUGUUCGGCGCUAUGGAGUACACGCACGCGUGUAGCACGGAGCUGCGCUAUCACGUGCUCGGCUACAUCAUUCUCAUGUCGCUGUGCAUCAUCUGUGAGGCGGCCAUAUCGUGGGUGAGCAUGCGUGGUAGCAUCCUCUACUCGCAGCCACGCGACAAGAUGCAGUAUCUACUCUACUUUCGUUUAGCUAUUCUCAUAACAGAGGGUGUCUGGCUGGGCCUGGGCAUAGUUUGGAUGAAGGAACAUUACGGUGCCUGUCCAAACAGCAUCGCCAAGAAAACCAUAUUAGGUAUUGUGAUAUGCAACUGGGUAGUUUUGAUCAGUGUGCUGGUUACUCUGUGGUGCACGUUCGACGCGGCCGGCCGUAGCUGGGUAAAGAUGCAGCGCUACCAGCAGAGCUUGCGAAACAGCAAGACCAAGUACAAACGCUCAGGAAAUCGCCGACGUAACUGGAGAAACAGAAAAACAUGGAUAAAGUACCAGGCGAGCUGGCACAAGCGGUGUCGCCUACUAUUCUGCUGUCUUGGCACGACGGACACAAAUAGGAAUUCUUUCACAGAAAUUGCCAAGUUGCUUUCCGAGUUCUUCCGCGACCUUGACGUCGUCCCUUCCGACGUCGUUGCCGGCUUGGUGCUACUACGGAGACAGCAGAAGCAGCACAGCUCUGAGCUUGUGGCCAAGAACGACAACAGCAUAUAUCAGUUUCUUUCCGGCGUUCCGGUCACUCCUGAGACCAAGUUCCUGCAUCUUAAUAAUGAGCCUGCUAUAGAUGCCUCCAUCAGAAUGCUACUCUUCCUCGGCGUGAUUUAG